UAGUCCCAGUACCGUGAGAUUUUUAAAUUGAUUAUUUGAUCUUACUUAUAUUGUCUUCUUGUGAUGUGUAAAUGACAAAUUUUGAUCAUGAUUUGUUUAUGCAUCUGUGCCUUGUGUGGGGGGGGGUGUUAGGUGUAGGUGUUUAAAGUUGCCAAAUGUUCCGCCUUUUUUCUGUUUAUAUCUGUAAUCCUUAGGGUUCCAAUGUCAGUUUUUUUGCAGCAGUAAUUUGGUUUUGGGCACACAAAAUUAAGGGUCUUUAGAUCUGAGCUGUAAUUGUCAGCAACGACUAGGAUUUUUUUUAGGUUUGGUUGUUGAGUCUCUCUGGUUUAAGUUCACCAGAUCAGAGUUUUGUCCCAAGAUAAGUGCCCUUAAUGAACUUCUCAGUCUGAUCUCUGUGCUUUUAAAUUCUGUCGGCAUUUCGGUGUUUAUAAGAAUUCUAGAGAAUUUUUUUUUUGGGGGGGGGGUUAGAUCCAAGAAUCCUGGAGUCAAAAAGGGAGAACCUUUGGGAGGAAAUUUGGGGUUUUGAUUUCGAAAAUGGGACAUUCUGCUGCAGUAUGGGAUUAUAGGGCUGCAACUGAGAUCACAAAGGAUUGGAAUGGGAUCGAUAGUAUUGUUCUUCGGAACCCUCGAGGCGCUUCGGCAAGGGUUAGCUUACAUGGAGGACAGGUAACUUCAUGGAGGAAUGAACAAGGGGAGGAGCUUCUGUUUACAAGUAGUAAGGCGAUUUUUAAGCCCCCGAAAGCUGUUCGAGGAGGGAUCCCUAUUUGUUUCCCGCAGUUCGGUAACUGCGGAUCGCUCAAGCAACAUGGAUUUGCUAGGAACAAGAUUUGGACAGUUGACGAAAAUCCUCCACCUCUUAGUCCGAGUGAUUCCCAUGGCAAAUCCUUCGUUGACCUGUUGCUUAAACCAUCUGAAGAAGAUCUAAGAUGUUGGCCCCAUAGUUUUGAGUUUCGCCUGAGAGUAUCACUUGCAGCAGAUGGAAGCCUGACAUUAAUAUCACGAAUCAGGAAUGUCAACGGGAAGCCAUUUAGUUUCUCUUUUGCGUAUAAUACAUAUUUGUCGGUAUCCGACAUCAGUGAAGUGAGGAUAGAAGGGCUGGAGACUCUCGACUACCUAGACAAUCUUUGCCAUAAAGAACGUUUUACCGAGCAAGGAGAUGCUAUAACAUUCGAAUCCGAGGUAGAUCGAGUUUAUCUUAGUACUCCGAAGGUAGUCGCUGUACUUGACCACGAAAGGAAACGAACGUAUGUUAUCAGGAAGGAGGGACUGCCCGAUGUCGUGGUAUGGAAUCCGUGGGAGAAGCAAUCGAAAUCAAUGGCAGAUUUCGGAGACGAGGAGUACAAACAGAUGCUAUGCGUCAACGGAGCAGCGAUCGAGAAGCCCGUGACAUUGAAACCCGGUGAGGAGUGGACGGGGCGGCUAGAACUGUCGGUUGUAGCAUCGACAUUGAGUUCCGAACAUAUUGAUCUGCAGCAGACAAGCAAUGGGUUUUGAUGUAGGAAUAUAGUUCGAUGUUAAAGUAAGAAAAGCAAGUUUAUGCUUUUACGUUGGCAUUGAGUUGAGCGUAGAGUAGCAAGUGGAAGAGAGGGAAAGACCGAAAACGAUGGAUCAGAGGUGAAACUGUCACAAUAGAGAUAUGACUAAAAUUUGAAUCGCAUA